GGCGGGGGGCACUCGGACGGACACUUACAGCCCCUCCAGCGGCCCGGCAGAGAAGAAACCACCGACACCCUUCGCGCUGCCCUGCAUGUCACUGACUGUCGGCACUCGGAGCUGAGUGGUCCCCGCAGCUGGGUGACAGGCGUCAUGCAAGCCGCCCUGGCGUUCCCGCUGCUCCUGGCCGCCGGCUGCCUUCUCCUCACUCCUGGAGUUUCCCCAGAACCCCGUGCGAGCAUCGUGGGAGGGAAGGAGGUGCCGCCUCACUCCAGAGGCUACAUGGCUCUCGUCGAGGGGCCGCGGCUCUGCGCCGGUGCGCUGAUCAAAGAGAACUGGGUGCUGACGGCCGCUCACUGCGCCCUGAAGGGCAGACCUCGGGUUGUCCUGGGGGCCCACUCCGCGGCCCACAGAGAGAAGUACGUGCAAGUGUUCCCCGUCAAGAGGGCGGUUCCCUACCCGUGCUUCGACCCGGCGUCCUUUGAAGGGGACCUUCAGCUCCUUCAGCUGGAAGGCAGAGCCACCAAAAGCAAAGCUGUGAAAACCCUCGAGCUGCCCAAGACGGGGGACGACGUCCAGCCCGGCACCGAGUGCCGCGUGGCAGGGUGGGGGCGCCCCCGAAGGAACUCCCGGGAACGGGCGAAGGCCCUGAGGGAGGCCAACGUCACCGUGAUCGACCGGAGAACGUGCAACGACGUGGCACACUACGACUUCUCGCCGGUCGUGGGUCGCGGCAUGAUCUGCGCCGGGGGGAGGAGAGGCGAGGACGACUCGUGCGAGGGUGACUCCGGAAGUCCUCUGAUUUGCGAGGGCGUCUUCAGGGGCGUCACUUCCUUUGGGAAGUGUGGCGACGCUCGGAAGCCGGGCGUCUACAUCCUCCUGACCAAGAAGCACCUGAACUGGAUAAGGAAGACCAUCAGGGGCGCCGUCGGACCUCCCUGCUCCGGAGCGGGGAGCUGAGGCGGCCCCCCACCGCAGCGAGCGAAGCGGUUUUGCCUGCACCCCCUCCCCGCUCUCCCGACCUGGGGGGGUGGCGCACCGCCCACCCCAAACAGUCUGCAGCCCCUCCCCGCUCUCCCGACCUGGGGGGGCGACGCACCGCCCACCCCAAACAGUCUGCAGCCCCUCCCCGUUCUCCCGACCUGGGUGGGGGGAUGGCGGAGCACCGCCCACCCCAAACAGCGCAGAAACGACUUCCUUCGCCCUCGGCUCCUAGUGCAUCGUCUGUGACCUCUGUCCCCCACCAGGCGCAUCCCUGGGGCGGAGGUUCCCCACUUCCUGACCCUUUGCUCGAUUCAGAA